AUGUCAGUCUUCGGUUCUCGGCGCGUGAUAGACGACGGCUUCGACUUCCAAGACUUUUUUCAGGCCUUGAAAAACACAAGGCAGGGUGGCUUUGACGACUUUGAUGAUCGUUUAGUUAUUGGCAUUGACUUUGGAACUACAUUUUCCGGUGUUUCUUGGGCCACCAUAGACGACUUUGAGAGAAACAAGAUCCAGACCAUCUCCAGCUGGCCAGGAGCUUCCAACCAAGAGAGUAAGGCCCCUACAAGGCUGUUCUACGAAGAUGGCAAGAUGUUCUGGGGAUACGAAGUUCCAGAUGAUGCGGAACCGCUCCAAUGGUUCAAGCUAUUACUCUUACGAGACGAUGAUCUGCCGCCAGACAUUCUAGCCAAUGAGUUUGUUCUGAAAACAAGAAGGAUGCUCAAGGAAGAGAGGAAAACCGCGGUGGAAUGUACUGCAGAAUAUCUCAAGGCAUUGUGGCGCCAUACGAUCAAGUCGAUUCGGAGCGCCCGCGGUAACUCGGUGGUGACAAACUCGACGUUCCAUGUUGUUAUCACUAUUCCUGCAAUCUGGAAGGAUUAUGCGCGUGAGGCAAUGAAAGAGGCUGCCGAAAAGGCUGGAAUUCUGAAACGGCGCACUUCUGCUGGCGAAACAAUCUUGACGUUUGUUCCCGAGCCCGAGGCAGCAGGUUUGGCAUCGCUUGGUCUACGGAGGCGUCAUUUGAAAACCGGAGAGGUCUAUGUCAUCUGUGAUGCUGGUGGUGGGACCGUGGACGUGAUCAGUUACCGAGUUGGGGAACUAAAGCCCAUCACACUACAUGAAGCAGUCAUCGGCGCAGGUGGCCUCUGUGGCGGGAUAUUCGUCGACGCAGAGUUCAAAGCGAUGUGUAAAGCACGACUGGGCCGACGUUGGAGUAAACUAAGCCUGGCUAACAUCAAACAUAUCAUGGAUUCAGAAUGGGAGACUAAGAUUAAAAUACGGUAUCAGCCAAACAGUCAAAGGCCGAAUAUCGUCGCAAUCCCCGACGACGCCUUUCGGGGCUCAGAUCGAAAUGACACCGAAAGACAGCCCCCUAUCAUCAAUGGCAGCAUUCACUUCUCCAGUUCGGAUAUUCAAAAGACGUUCACGGAGGUGUUCGCGGAGAUUGACAUACUGCUCGAUGAUCAAAUCCAAAGCGCUAGAGAUAAAGGCCUGUCGGUAAAAGGAAUCAUUCUAGUGGGCGGCUUUGGCACGAGUCCCUAUCUUUCUCGGCAUUUAGAGGACAGAUACAAGUACAAGAAUCUGAAAGUGAUACAUUCCAGCGACAUGAACCCUGGAACGAGCCCUCGCACUGCCAUCUGUCGUGGGGCGGUCUUCAAGGGUUUCAUCGACGGACCAGGUGGUGCUGGCCGCAACACACUCAACACACUCAACAUCGGCUCUACGAUUGCCAGGCAAAGCUUAGGCACGCUGAUGUCACUAGAGUUUGUGGAAGGAGUGCAUCGCGAAAAGGACAAAUACCUCGAUGCAACGACAGGGGGCUGGAGGGCCCGUAAUCAAAUCCGGUGGUAUCUAUACAAGGGACAAGACGUUUCAAAAUCAGAUCCUAUUCAGCAUCUCUUUCACAGAACCUAUACCAACGAAAGCGACUUCAAAAACACGGCUAUCAAGACUAUAUUCCUCCAGUGCGACAGUGAGAAUCCACCAACCCAACGCGAUAGUACUGUCAGCGAGCUUUGCACAAUUGAGUGGAACACUAGUGACAUCUCUUACUACGAGCUUGAAGACAAUUAUGGCAGAUAUGGACCGUAUAAAUAUUUGGAUUAUGAGAUCGAAGUACGACCUUCGGGGGCUUCCAAUGACUUUGCUAUUAUUUAUCAAGGCGAGAAGCUCGAUUCCCGCAACGCUCAUGUUGCCUAUGAGUGA